ACAGAGACAGAGCCAGAGACAGAGCUAGAGGCAGAGCCUGAGACAGAGGCAGAGACAGAGGCAGAGCCAGAGCCAGGGACUUUAGCGAUGCCCGGAAUGGGUAGGCUCAGUGCCUUGAUCGAAUUAGUGAAUAUUGCUGAGCGACUGGACCAGAGUGAUGUGGUAAGCGAGCUCGCGAAGAGCAUCAGCGAUGAGACGGAGCCACCACUGACCAGCAUCAGUGACUGCCUGCUAGCCGACCCAUUGAGUGGCCCGUUUGGUCAAGCCACAGACAAGCUUCUCGAUCAAGUGGAUCCCCAGAGGACCGCCACUACUUUCAGAAGCAUCCUGAAAGACUUGAGGAAGCGACGACCGUCCGACCACACGGGAGGCCUCUAUGACUACUACCAGAAAAUAUUCUCCCAGGCGCUCAGCGAACAGUCUCCCGCGACCAGUGAAGGGAAUUCCCCCAUGGAGUGGAAUGAGAUGGGCUCAUGUCGCUGUGAAAAUUCAAAGCCAGCGAUGCUGGCAGCUGAUCAGGGCCAAAUGCAGGCCAAGAAACAGACCAGGCAGAGGGUCGUGGAUAAGUUAUCCGGAGCUCCGAGGAUCCGUCAGUCGAGGAUCCGUCAGCUCGUCUGGAACGAGGUGCCACUGAUCGAGCCGGGACUGAGCUCAGAGCCCCAUAAAAUGACAAAGAAAGCGCGUCUGUACAACGAAAAUAAAGGACUUAAAGCACGUCCUUCCCCUGCGGAAGAUCCUAUCCAUUUUGUAAUCAAACAGUCGUCGUUGUACGGCCUCAUCGAUGCGUACCAAAGGCAGAUGCAGAGCCUAAGGCAGAGCCUGCAUUCGAAACAUGAUUGGUGGAAGGAAGUGAUAGAUAGAGGCCUGGCACCCGGCUAUUCACCAUCCAAGCGGUACGCGAUCGCAGCUCCCGAUGACCCAGUGUCCUUCCCCGAGGAGCUAGCCAAUCAAGCUGACAUGGCCUCCGAGCCGCAGAUCGGGGGGAAUUCGAUUGACAAUAUGGCCAGUCAAAUGAAUAUGUCACCCAUGGAGCUGUUCCAGCGUAUUAUGGGUUCGAAUAUGGGUUCGAUUGUGCGUCAGGGACAGGCGGGACACCAGAUCGGCGGUGGCCAGGCAGGGAGUUUAACAUUAAAUGCAUUGCGGAAAUCGAAGCUACCACAAGAGACGUUUAUAGAGGAUCCGCAGCCACAGGAACAGCCCGCACAGGAUCCGCCGAUCCAGAGGCCAUCGAAAACCGAUUCGCGUGCACAGGAUCCAUCCAGUUUAGGGCCAGUGCUGGACAAGAUUCUGCAGCGUUUGGACACCCUGCAGGAAAGCAAAUGCAGCAACGAUACCGGCAACGAAAAGGACCUUGACGAUUUGUCCUGUUGUUUUACCGAUCCAGCAGAUGGUGCACCCUGCGACAUAAUUGGCUCCUGGGAGUCCCUUGUGCUGGGCGUGCGGAUCAACAUCCGAGCUCCUAAGAAAAGCAAGAGUGCCGAGGGAGAGAAGAAUCCAGCCUGUUAUAGCCCCAAGCUGGAUAUAUCUCGCCGAGAGUGCGUGAAGAUUAACCCAUCCCAGCCGAAGGACAGGGCUGACUCUAAGAAAGAGGAACUCAUGCCGUCCGACCAGAUGAUCAAUGUCACCGUGCAGGAGACGGUGCCGCCACGAGCCCAUGUGAUCGUCGAGAACCUGGACGACUGGGAUUUUUCGGGACACACCCUGGGCGUACUGGGGGGACCCGUCUCGCUGGCCUUCCGCAAGGUAAAGUCCAAUCUGGUGGGCAACUUUGUCGGCUAUUGUCGCACCUGCGGUUGUGUGGACACCAUAUUUGGAUCGUGGACCUUCUGUCAGCCAUCUGGAGACUGCCAGGGCAUCAUGAUGUCCCUGGUGGAUAGGCGGGAUCUCUUGAGGCGCUAUAGUCUGGCCGAGCGCAUGGAAGCCGAGUCAAUGAAUUCUCAAAAAUCCACUCCCCAGCCACAACUGCAGCAGCAAGAGAGUGUGUGCGACGAAUACGCAGAGGCUGUGCGCAGCCACAGAGGGGCCAGGCCACAGAGGAGGAGGAGUGUGAAUACACUCUUUGGUAAUAAUUAACAUGGCAUUAGCCGGCAUCUGACAGCCGACAGCCACAACAGUAGUCUCAGCCACAACAGUAGCCUCAGCCUCAGCCUCAGCCUGAGUAUUCCAAUCCAAUUCCAAUGACAUAGACGAACAUCAACUGCAUGAGAAAGCAGCUUGAGGCUUGAGGUAAGCCCCUCCUGCUGCUGCGUACGAGAAAGAGCUGCUUCUGCCCUCUGCCUUCUGUGUAUUUUCUAUCAAGCCAUGUUCGAAGCGGAUUAGGGAUUGCACAGGCUCUGAGGGGCACCCAUUGAUAUUUACAGUCUCAUUGCACCAACUGCAUGGAAAAAAAAGCUCUGUUUGCGGUUCGAUUUAAUCCGAGAAAUAGAGGCUUUUCGGAAAGUCAAAAAGUGUUGAAUAAAUUUUACGAUAAGCUCUUUUAUUUGUCC